AUGCAACAUAGGAUAUCAACUAAUAACAUAUUUUCAUCUGGAUCUAGCAAUGAAACUGUAGAAUAAUCCUAGAAUAGGGUAAUUAAAAAAUCUGAUGAUUUUAUUUAUUAGAUUUUUUAAGAUUAAUAAAUAGAAUAUAUUGAGAGAUAAAUAAUUAAGAAUAAUAUUUUUAAUGUUUUUAAUAUCUGCUACAUCUCUUAAGGAAGUGAAGGAAAAGUUUAUAAGGCUAAAAUGAUAGAUAGGAGUUACAAAUAAUUUAAAUGUGCUAUAAAAAUAAUAUAAAUAGCAAAAUAGCAAGAAAUAUUUUAAAAAGAAAUUGACAUAAGAAAUGACAUAAAUUUGAUUGAAGAGGAAUAUAAUAGGCUUUAACCCAACCAAAGAAAUGAAAAAAUAAAUCCGUAUGGGAUUGUUAAAUACUAUUAUGAUUUCAAAACAAAAGAAGGAUAUUAAGGAGUUGUGAUGGAAUAUUGCAAUGAAACAUUAGAAUCUUUAAUGAAAAAUGAAAAUAUAUAAAACCACGAGCUCAUCAAAGAAACUUUUAUCAAUAAAACUAAUUCGUAUAGAGACUUAUGCUUUAUGCAACUUAUUCUCCAAACUUUGAAGGCAUUAAAUUUUUUGCACUACGAGGAUUAUAUAGGAGGCAUAAAAAAAGUGUCUUACAUCCAUAGAGAUAUAAAGCCUAUGAAUAUUAUGAUUCAAAUUGAUACUGUAAAUGAAUUCUCUGUCAAAAUAAUAGAUUUAGGAGGAAUAAGUAAGUAAUCUAAACAUGAUUAAGAUGAUUUUGAUGGCACAAUUGCAUUUUACCCACCUGAAUAUAUACAAUAAUAAGUAACCACUUUUGACAAAUCUUCUGAUGUUUGGGCUAUAGGUAUCUGUAUAUACAGGCUUUUUGCAAUUUAAGAAAAAGAUUAGGUCAAAAUCACAAGGAAAAAUUUAUAUGAGGAUAUGUUAAAAAGGAUCAGUUAAAUUUGGAAUCGUUUAGAUGCAAUCACUUUAAGAUAAUAAGAAGGAAACGAAAGAGAUUAAAUAGUGUAUGAGUAUGGAAGCGAAAUUUUAAAAAUACUUCUUACUCAAGACUACCAAUAAAGAAAUUAAAAGAAUUAUUUAGAAAAAGUAAUCGAAAAAGCUGCUUAAUGCGUUUAAUAUCUUUAAAAAAAAUCAAAAAAUUAAAUUAAUGAAAAACCACAAAGUAAACCAUAAAUGCAAUCUUUUCUUUUAAAAUAAAUGUGCUAAAAUCCUAAUUUUAUAACUGAUUCAUUAAGUUUUUUAGAAGAUUUAAAUUUUUACUUUUAAAAUAAAAAAGAUCAACUGAAUGAUUACAAAUUAUUUUUUUAAGUAUUUGCUGGAUUUUUAUAUUAAAAUUUUUAAUCUUAUGAAGCAUAAAUUUAAUAACUAAAUUAUGAUAAACUUUGUAUUUAUAACGAUUAAUACUUUAAAUAAAAUUCUAAAACUCUUACCUUAAAUUUACUCAAAAAAAUGCUCCUUAAUAUAUCAGAAUUAGAUAGUGCUUUAAAUGUGCAAGACAGAAAUAUAAGGAGUUUGAUAUGGUGCACUUACUAUUUAUUUAUUCUAUAUAAGCUUGAAUAUUAUAAAUAUUAUAAUCUUUUUCAUGAAUGUGUUUAUAAAAUUACAUCCUACAAUGAGAUUAAGCAAAUGAGUUUAUUGGAAUUAUAGGAAUAAAUAAAAAAAUUACUAUCUGAAAGUGUACCAUAAUAAAGGUUUCUAUCAUGA